GCCCGUCCCUCAAAUGCAGCCAGCCAAUGGGGUGCCCCCCCUGUUUGCUGUUGUUCCCCAGGGGGGGUUGCAGUUUCCUGUGCUGAAUCCCGGCCAGAUGAUACAGAUUCUCCCAUUGGGGGCCGGAAAUACCAUCAUGCAGCCAAUGAUGGGGGCCCAAGGAGCAGGAAAUGCAGCUCGUAUGGUCAAGCGCUCAGCUCCCGCAGAUUCGGUUCCAACGCCCGGCCCAGUGGAACCAGAGACGUUCCCAGUUCCCCAUGCAAGGCCGUCCCUGGCUGAGGUCUUAAAGUCCGACCUACUUGCUCCCUCGAAAUCCUCAGGGAAAACAGAACGGAGAAUUGAACACCAGAACAGAGAACUCGGUCAACUCUACAACCUGAAAAAUGAAGAUUCCAGCACUGAUGAUCUUCACUUUUAUCGUCCUUCAAGUCAGUUUUGGGAAGAAACUCAGACUGCUCCCAGGAUUCAACGGGGGAAUGGUGCCAGGGGUUCUGAGCCCAGGGUACAUGAUGGGGGGGCCUCAACCCCCCAUGAUCAACAUGGGAGGGGGAUACCUCCAACCCCAGUACCCUCAGAUGCUUCCGGGCGUUCCACUAUCACCCAUGAUCCCAUCUCAACCCUACGGCAUUCCUUAUGCUCCCAAUGGACUCCCACAACAACAGUUGCCUUAUAUGGUUCCCUUCAACCCGAAUCCCAGUUUGCCGCUGCAACAGCCACUGCCGGGACAGAUGGUCUCUCCGGCCAAUGGGGGAUCCCCGAACUAUCCCAGUGCACCGCAACCAAACUUUCUACGAGAAGCCAACCCAGCCCAGCAGCAAGCUACAGGAGCUCCAGGCUGGGAUGGGGUUCGGAUGGGACAGCAGGCCAUGACCGCAGCUCCACGUACGCGGAUAUAUAAGCGCUUUGCUCCCAGGAUGACUUAUGGCGGGAGUUUGUCUACAAGCAAUGAGGUUCCAACUCAGAUAAUGCCGACCCCAACUGAGG